GAGCAACUUCACAAUUCACACAGAAAUACAAACUUCCAAAGACCAGCACUCUAAAGAAAGAGAGAGAGACUGGUCUGAAGGGUCUCAGCUUUAUCAAGUUUUAUUUAGGGUUUAUGGGAGCUGCAGAAUAAAGGGGUUUAUCUAUCUGUAUACCUGGUUUCUUGUGUACUGUUUAGUUGCACAAAUUCAUUUCUGCUUUUGGGACAACAAUUUCUAUUGCUCAGAAGUUUUAGCUUUUAAUUUCUACCAGAGAAUUGAAGAUUUGUACACUGUUUUUCAUUUUAUAAAUAACUAGGAGAAAAAAGGUAAUGGGUUAUACAUGUGAAUAUUGUGGGGAGCAACGAUCAAUUGUCUAUUGCCGGUCUGAUUCAGCUUGCUUGUGUUUGUCGUGUGAUCGAAAUGUCCAUUCUGCAAAUGCCCUGUCACAGCGUCAUUCCAGGACACUUGUAUGUGAAAGAUGUAAUUCCCAACCAGCUAUUUUCAGAUGUGUCGAGGAGAGGGUCUCUCUAUGCCAGAAUUGUGAUUGGAUGGCUCAUGCUAGUUCUAGUACAGGUUCAACACAUAAGAGACAAGCACUUAAUUGUUAUACAGGGUGUCCUUCUGCGGUAGAGCUCUCUACUAUUUGGUCAUUUCUUCUAGAUGACCCUUCAGUUGGUGAUUCGACUUGUGAGCAAGGGAUGGGUUCAAUGAGCAUCACUGAUUGCCAACCUGGGGAUAGCCAACAUCCUCAAGUAAAGGACAAAUCUCAAAACAUGUCUUCUGCACUUGAUGAAGCAAACGAUUUGUAUAAUCUAGUCAAGUCUGCCCCUUUUAUGGGAUCAUCUAUGCCUGGUCUUGAUAACGAGCUACACAAUGUUGAACUGCCUGAUGGAUCCACAAAUUUAACUUGGUCUAAGGUGAGCAAUUCUGGAACAAAAGACUCAAAUUUAUUUGACGAUGAUCCUUUUUAUGAUGAUUUCAAUAUGGAUGAAGUGGACUUGAGUAUUGAAAAUUAUGAAGAGCUAUUUGGUGUUUCUAUUGAUAAUUGUGAUCAGCUGUUUAAGAGUGAAGACAUUGAUGGCUUAUUUGGGACGAAGGACAUGUCAGUUGCUGAGUCCAGCUUCCAGGGUGUCAAUGCUGUCGAGGGAUCAACAGUGGGAAGGGUAAACACGGUGCAGUCAGCUUGUAGCAAUGCAGCAUCGGCAGAAUCCAUGAUGAGCUGCAAGACAGAACCUCCUACCCUUUGCUUUGCAAGGCAACAGUCCAGCGUCUCAUUUUCAAACCUCACCGGAGAGAGCAACGCUGGAGAUUAUCAAGACUGUGGAGCCUCCUCAAUGCUUCGCAUGGGAGAGCUACCAUGGCAUCCGCCAUGUCCUGAAAGUUCAAUGCCAUCAACUAGCAGGAGUGAUGCUGUAUUACGCUACAAGGAAAAGAAAAAGACACGCCAAUUUGACAAGCGAGUGAGAUAUGUUUCUCGCAAGGCAAGAGCAGAUGUGAGAAGGCGUGUGAAGGGGCGGUUUGUCAAGGCUGGUGAUGCUUAUGACUAUGAUCCACUGAACGAAACUAGAAGCUAUUAAUCGCAAAACAUUCCCCCGUAAAUAUAAGGAGAAAAACAGUCCGUUUAAAUAGGGACAAUUGGUUGAAGUUUCAAGCAAAUGGAUGGUAUGUAUUGUUGCAGUGACAAAGAUACAAGGUCUCCAAUCAUUCAAAGCUUGAUCUAGAAUGCACAGUUCUCUGCUCCUCCCCCUAAAGUCCAACUUCAUCAUCUUAAAAAGGAAAAAUAUGGGAUGUGCACUCCUUAUGUCAAUCAAAUUAAGAAUGCUGCAGAGAAAGAGCUUGGACAUUUGUAAACAACACAAUUGGCGUUUCUCUCCAGAAAUCAUCAAGAUUUGCUUCUCAAUUGUAUUAUGUUGCACGUCGACAACACUUGUUUUCGUCUAGCUUGCUUCUGUUCUUACAGCUCAAACUAGGCGGAUUUAACACAAUUUAAGUCCCAAUAAAUUCACCUGCCCUUGCGCUCCCUUGGUGGUUAUGUAUAUUAUAGCCAGUGUUUAGAAGUUAAGAGAUAAAAUGAGCAACAUAUUCUAAAUUCCCACAGAUUCGUCUGUCCUUUAGGUUUUAGAACUGAGAUUUUUCCGUCUAUGAUGUAGUACUAUCAUGUAUAUUAUUGGCCAGUUUGUAGAAGAUAAGAGAUAGUCAAGAUGACAGAUGUACCAUUUGUAAUUUUUUUUUUAAUUUAUUGUCUUAUAAAAUGUAUUUGCAUAUGGUGGAAA